AUGGAGAAUACCAAUAUGGGCUCCGGUGGCUGGCUAUUCCCUUCAGAGCGUGCAGCUUUGAUGAGAGGCAGCGCCGACGCGCGUUUCCAAAACGGACAGACCAACCAGGCAGUCGACUGCAAACAACACAACGGCCCUGGGCCCGCGGAUGCUCUGAGAUUAGAAUUCGCGCUGCCAGAUGUGAACAGCAACCAAGGCGUAAUCAACCUGUCCGACCCGAUCACCAGACAAGAGCUGGAGAAGAUCCGCAAGCGGUGCCAUGCUUUUCUGGUCCUUGAUUCCAACGCCGGGUACAUAACCAUCUGUUCGCGCCAAAUCGAGAAUAUCCAGGCUGCUGUUCAGGCUCUUCGAGACCUCCUUCAGUCCAUUGCGAAGGAUCUCGUAUGCAGGAUGCUAGCCCUUGCCCACCGCUCUACCACUGCCUCGCAUUCUCGAGUGUCCCUCAAGAAGAUCGAGCAAGUCGUUGGCCUUGGCUUCAAGACUGGUUAUCGGGGUGUCUCAAAGGACCCUGUCUCGAUCGAGGACCCCGCGGAUGUGAAAGAGUCAGACGUUGAGAAAGACGACAGUCUCGGUCCCUUGACAGCGAACGAGUUCUCAGAAGCCGUCCAACAGGCUGCUCUCCGCAUCCGGCCUAUCAGAGGUGAAUUGUUUGUACGAGCCCAUUUGGGAGUCUUCUGUAGCUAUUCACGUGAAAACGCCAAUGGCAAGGCUGUGAAGACGUACAACUCCAACAGGGACUUCCGAGAGUUCCUUAGCAAGUCUGCAGCUCGAGGCACGGCCAACGUCAGUCACAAUCUCGGCGGUGCCGACCUGACUCUAAAAGUCCGCGACUACAUCUGCGCAACACAGGAUAAACUCAGCGUUGCAGACCAGAGAUACCAAGCCCUUGAUUCUCGCCUCGAACACCUCAGCGAUAUCAAGCCAAAGUAUUGUCUUGUUUUCUUCUCCAGAGACCGCCGCAUCGAGGUUGAUGUCCAGUAUGACACUCGUGAUCCUCGUUCCCCUUACACGCCCGCUGCCCCUCGCGUCUUUGCUGAGUACCAGAAAGCUGCAGUCGUCGAGAUUGCCGUCGGCUGCCCCGAAAAGAUAUGCGACUGGCACUUGGCCGUUGAAGCGGACAUAGGCGCUCGUGGAAUUCCUGAGGCAUACCAAAACUUGGUCAAGGGUCUCCAAUUCCCCAAGGGUCGCCCUAAGAACGACUUCGACUUUCCCGCCACUGCGGUGAGUGAGGCCCUGCUCCGGGCAGCCAAGAUCGACAAUGUCGCUUGUAAAGUGUCUUGGACCUUUGAAUGUCGCAAGACCCCGUACUGUGUGGAAGUUGCCGUUUACCACGAGUGGAAGGACAACUCCUUGAGCCGUCACCUGUACCGCAGGCGUACUCAGCCCGCGCCAGGACAGGUUGUCCAAAUCAACACGGCAAACAAAAAGUUGAAAUCCACUAAGGGGUGCGGUAUCACACUCUACGGCCAGGGAUGGGAUGACGAGAUGCAGGAGUUGAAUCCCGUGAGCGGCACCUUCGUUCCAGACUUCGUCCACGCUCUCGCUGGUCACCAGGACCUGGUUGAUUUCUCCAGCAACUUCCUACGAGAGAUGGAGUGUCUUCUUGACAACGUGGCCGCUGCUGCUUCCGGCGCUGCUGAGACUGAAGAGCUCAAGAAAUCCUGA